AUGCGCCUUAUGUUUCCAAAAGGUAAGACUUUCCCCUUCCUUUCUAGGCUUUUCAACUGGGCCAAGGGGAGAAUGAAAACUUUCACUUCGGAAGGAGGAAUGGCAAGUAGAGUUCCCACUGCAGCAGUUUCCGAAUCAGGGAUGUUAAAUUACUUUUGUCUCAGAAUUAGACCCAUUUGUUACCCUUUUUGGAAUAGUUGGGGCAGAAAUGUAAUAAAUAAUAGGCUGCUCGAUCUGCUGUUCCGGCAAGCAGCCCUUUCGCUCGUUCCUUUGGGGCUUUUUGGGGGCCAACCUGUUCCAUAUGAGCAGCAGGAGCAUAAGCCCCCCGUGUUCGCAAACUCUCAUGUAAGGGACCUACUUUCCUUCACACUAUACCUUCCGGAGUGCUUAUGGAAUAUCCUGUUGAGUGGGUUUGAUGCUAAUAAAACAGGAAGGAGCCCAGCAGCUCCCCUUUUUCGGGAUAAAGUAACGAAAUAUGUUGACUAUCCAAUAUUGGCCGACCGACGGAUGGGCUCCCUUAAGGGCGGAGCUCACCAACUGGGUGGCGUGGAAGGGGGAUAUUUAGCUAUGUGCGGGCGGACUUCACUCCCAUUGAUAGCAUGGGAUAUGAUCACAAGAGCUGAUUCAAUCGGGUUCACAUCAUCGGGUAUGAUCACUGCUAGCAAUCCAGAGCUUCCUAGUAUAAUGUCUACUAGGAUAGAUUACUCAUAUAGCGCGUCUUCCUAUAACGAGCUUAAAAAGAUCCCAGAGGCUGAUUUGCUCGCAAAAGGGUACAACGCUGGUAGGCUAUAUAGGGAUUUACGGAUACAAAGGUUGGAUAAGGUCUCUCACUAUACCCCGGGAUUCUCUAGCUCUUGCACGCUGACUUUAUCCUAUGGUCUCUCUCGGGGAAAGGGCACGGCUCUUCUCUCAAAUAAUCCUAUCAUCUAUGUCUUCGUCCGAGUGGAUUUCCCAUGGCUUGGUUGUCGGGCCGGCAGUUCAAAAAUGUUUCGGAUACAGCCCCAACAUGUCUUUCGUCUAAUCGGGAGAAAAAAGGAAAAAGGCGUUAUUGUUGUGCUUCCCUUCCCAGUCACCAUUCCGACAGGGAAUGAAGCGAGGGGUUGGACCAAGAAGAUAGGUCACAAGUGGCCUUACUCUCUUUGUUUCGGAAUGAGGAUGGGAAGGCCUUCCACUCCAAUAAAUGAUAGGACAGCUUUUGGUGCCCUACUCUCGCGGAACAGAAGGAAAGCCACAGAAUAA